ACUCACAUGAUCCAGUGACUCAACCUGAACGUCGCCUCAUAUAAACACUCCGUUUUGCCCGUUUCUUGGUUGAUUUGUGCAACUAAAACUGUCACAAUGCUGUGUGGAGGAACCUCCCAGGCAAAGGAAGCCGACCAAGAGAUCCAGCAGCUCUGUGAUUCAAUGAAGCCUCAUGCAGAGCAAAAAGCAGGGAAGACCUAUGAUGUUUUUACUGCCAGGAGCUACAAGACACAGGUGGUGGCCGGGACCAACUACUUCAUCAAGGUCCAUGUGGGAGGAGAUGAUCAUGUUCACCUCCGUGUUCACAAACAGCUGCCGUGCAAUGGAGGAGAAACUUCACUGAGUGCUAUGCAGCAAUCCAAAACCCACCACGACCCUAUCGAGUUCUUCUAAUGGGAUCACGGACCAAGCAAAGCAUCAGUGCCUACAGGCUGCAGUCUCAUUAAAAUCCUGGCUCUUUAUACAAAACAAUGCAGUUACCAUUGCUUACAUGUAAUAACAUACUGUGGAUCAUGAUAACAGACAGAUGUCAAAAUGGAACUAUAUUGUAUGAAUAAUUAAAAAAACUAAACAGA